AACCUCAAACAAGCAGUCAGUCUGAAUCAAAUGAGCAAAGUUCCUCGUCUUCAAAACAACCAGAGCCUAAAGGUCGUUUUGGUCGAGUGUUGAAUUUCAAGCAAUAUUAUGAGAAGAAAACUGGAACUGGGCGGCAGUUUCCAUCAACUAAGGCAAAGAAAGGGAAAGGAAAAGGAACAGAAGUAGAAGCCAAAUCGCGGAACCAAGAAGUGGUAAUAUUUAUUGGAAUAAUGAAGUGGUCUGAAGAAUAUCUGAAGCUCAAGCCCAUGCGAGGGAAGCGUCUGGCACUCAAAGUAUGUAAAGAAGAUCCAUACAAAGUGUUGUGUGAGAAAGCUUUAGAGAAGUGGAAAGCCUACAAUCCUGACCUUUACAGUGAAAACCAUACGUAUGUUCUUUUACUUGACAGUGGCAAAGAGGCGAUAUUUUUACCUGGGCCUACGAAAGAAUUUUUUUCGUUGGGACGUUAUCAAGAGGAAAUAGGAAAGGAUUUUAAGAGAAUUACUAUGUACCUGUGCACUUCUGACGAUUUUUUGCAUUCAGAGAGAGCCGAUCGCGAGUCUCCUAUGGAGAAUGAAGACUCGGACUCAGCACAAGAAUUCAACAUUCAACCAAAGCGACUUAAAGAGGACUGUUUUAAUUGUGAAGUUGUUGACUGGGACCUCACUGAAUUUGAUGAUACAGCAGAUUUGAUCAACAAUGAUGAAGCAUUUGCCAUUGAACUCCAGAGACAAUUACAAGGUGAAAGCAGCUCUCAGAACUCCUUUCAAACAAGUGUUACUCAUAAUUUGCUCGACCAAACUGUGUCAAUCACGAAUGAUACAUCAGACAGUAAUCAAUUAGAGGGAACAAGCGGAAUCAGUACACCCCAUGAUUAUAGCACAAUUACUGAUGUGGUCCAAGCCUUGGAAAAGAGUGUGAACAAAGAAAAACAGUUUUUCAUCACGGUAAGACGGAGAACACCACUACCACGUGUGUUAAACUUGUGGCGAUAUGAAGCCAAGAAGCAAGGUGUACAUCACGAGUUGAGAAUAAAAUUUCUUGAAGAGGAUGGAAUUGACAGUGGGGCAUUGACAAGGGAGUUUUUUACGGAUGUAGUGCCUGCAAUAGGAGAUAUGCUGUUUCCUAACGGUACCCCUGUUGAUUCAACUCACCAUGUACAAAAUGGGAACUUCAGAACUAGUGGUGAAAUUGUGGCUAGCAGCCUAGCAAAUGGAGGGCCACCACCUUGCUUCAUGGAUGAGAAAGCAUUUCAAAGUCUGAUACAUCCUGAAAUGAAUGCUCUGGAUAUGGAUUCCGAGGAUUGUAUGACUGCCACUGAAAAGCAAGUCAUCGACAGCGUAAAAAUUAAUGUCAAUCUACAUAGAGAUUCAGUUUUAGAACAUGGGUACACUGGUCCAGUUGAUGAAAAACACAUCGAUGACAUAGUUAGAUCGAUGAAAGUAAGCCUAGUUAAUAAGCGACUCUUAUACCUACGAGAAUUUAAGGAAGGUCUGUCUUUGUUUGGACUCUCCACCAUCCUGGAUGAUUAUCCUCAAGUGUGCGAGCCUUUGUUUGUACAAAAUCGAUUGGAAAACGUUGAUGCCACAUAUUUGUUCAGUUUGAUGCAACCUGUGUUCUCCCCUGUUGGCUCUUCGCGACGACAACUUGAGGAAACUCUCAUGGAUAACUUCCAAGAUCUACUUAUGGCUUUGGAUGGUGGAGAAAUUAGUGGCUAUACAACUCCUCCGGUAUGGAACGACAGCGAAAAUCAGGGUGAAGAAGUUGCAGAAGCUGAGGCAGAGUCGACAGAAGAGACGUCAGCGGAUUUGUCAUCUGCGGGAGUAAUGAAAUGGCUUACAGGCCAGAAGCAUCGGCAGUUAAAUGGAGAAAAGAUCAAGAUUCAAGCAAAGUUUGAUCACGAAUGUCUAAUCCGAAAUCCAGCGCAUUCUCUUUGCUUUCCUCUGGUAGGGGCAUGUGGAAGAGUGAUAACAUUUCCAGUUAGUCACAUGAAGAAUUAUCAGACAUUUAAGGAUGUCUUUUUACUUGGAUUUUGCAACGGUCAGGACUUUGCAAAACCAUAA